CUCCCCUGUCCCCUUUUCCCUCAGCGCCCAGCCCCUCCCCGGGCCCUCUCUCCGCCCCGGUCGGCGCGCUUGUCUCCGGCUGCGUGGGGCCGGCCGGCCGGCUCUUCGGGCUCCGCUUCCUCCUCUUGCUUGCGCGGGAGAGACGACCCCUUUACAACCCCGGCCCGCGGAGUACCGGGACCCUGGGUCCUGAGCAGUCCUAGGGCCCCGGGAGCCGACCCAGCCCAGCCCUCCCCGAGGUGGUCCCCGCCGGCUCAGCACCUGCAGGCCGUCUGGGAUGGCAGCUCCCAAUGGCCGGACAGUGGUCACACACGUCUUGGUGGCGCUCUUUGCCAUGGGUUCCUGGAUUGGCAUCAAUGGGAUUUGGGUAGAGUUGCCGCUGCUGGUGAAGGACCUGCCUGAAGGUUGGAACCUUCCCUCCUAUCUGUCAGUGUUGGUAGCCUUUGGAAACCUGGGGCCUCUGGCUGCAACACUGUGGGGCCAUCUGUCAAAGGGUGAACUGGGCCCAAUCCGGGUAGUGCAAGCUAUGGGUGUGGUGGGCAUGGCACUGCUGGCUCCUCUGUGGUCCCAUUUGGUCACCAUGGCAGGGCAGCCACAUGCUGUGGCCCUCCUAGCUUUAGCCUUUGCGCUGGCCCUGAGCUGUUGUACCUCCAAUGUCACUUUCCUUCCCUUCAUGUCCCACCUGCCCCCAGCCUUCCUCCGCUCAUUUUUCUUGGGUCAGGGUCUUAGCGCCCUGUUACCCUGUGGGCUGGCUCUGGCCCAAGGUGUGGGCCACCUAGAAUGCCAACCAGCUUCCUCUCCUAGCCCUAGGGUCUCCCUCUUGGCAUCCUCUCCAGGUCCCAAUGUUUCUUCCUCCCCUGGUGUCUCCCCAUCAAACCCCUUGGUGCCCAUCUACUUUGAGGAACGCUUUUCAGCCAACACCUUCUUCUGGGUGAUAACCAGCCUACUUGCCAUCUCAGCAGCAGCCUUCCAGGGACUGCUGCUCUUACUUCCUCCAGUAUCCACCACAGUUCCCCCUAGGAGAGAAGAGGAGGGGCCAGGAACCACCCCAGAGGAAGAGAUCUCACCACUCCGGAAUCCAGGGGAAGAGAUUGGAACGCCUGAGCCAGAGUCAGAGGAAAGACCCCAGAAUUCACUGAAGUUGUGCUCAGUCAAAGGGGUCUGCCUGCUGGGACUGCUAGGAGCCACAAAUGCCCUGACCAACGGGAUACUGCCAUCUGUGCAGAGCUACUCCUGCUUGCCAUAUGGGCGCCGGGCCUACCACUUGGCUGUGGUGUUAGGAAGUGCCUCCAGUCCACUUGCCUGCUUUCUAGCCAUGGGCUUCCUCUACAGGUCACUACCUGGUUUGGGUGCCCUUUCACUCCUGGGCACUUUUUUUGGGACCUAUGUGAUGAUGUUGGCAGCCCUGAGCCCCUGCCCUCCCCUCGUGGGCACCUCUGCAGGUGUAGUCCUUGUGGUGCUGUCUUGGGUCCUGUGUUUGGGCACUUUUUCCUAUGUGAAAGUGGCUGUGAGCUCACUCCUUCAUGGCGGUGGCCGAGGGGCUCUCUUGGCAGCAGGCAUUGCAAUCCAGACAGGUUCUCUGAUUGGGGCUCUUACUAUGUUCCUCCCAACGAGCAUCUACCAAGUCUUCCACAAGAGCCAGGACUGUGUGGACAUGUGUAGCCCCUGAUGAUUCCUUAGGGGGUUUGUUUGUUUUUUGUUGGGAGUGCCCUUCCUUCUCUGCCCUCCACAUUCCCAGGAGUAAAGUCACUCCAUCCUGCUGAAGCAACAUGUGCCUUAUUCCCUUCAGUGGAAGAGGUGGUGUCCCUCACACAAUUCCCACCUCUCAGGGAUUGGCUUAGGACACAAUGUCUCUAUCUACCUGGAACCCUUCUCCCCAACUGAAUAAACUGUGACUCAGCCAUAUCCUAGGAACAGAGACUGGGAACCAAAGACAGAGAUUCUGUUCUCCUUCUGGAAGACUUCUCUAUUGACCCCCUUGAAUCACUUCCCUCUGGCUCCUAGAACUGAACUAAGUCCAGCAAACAUCUCCAGAGACCAGCUGUGUACAAGGCCUUGGGCUGGAGAAGGUGGUAAAUCAACAAUUGCUGUGCUAGGCACAUGGGAGUAGGUGACAUUCUGCACAGUGUCCCUUAGAUUCACACUCGAAGUCCAGUUAUGACUGUAGUUAUAGAAUAAAAGUUCUAUUUUCUAUCUGA